GGGGCCGUUCAUCGGUAGUGCGUCACCCCUAAAUUCGAAUUAAAAUCAGCGCUGUUGGAGCGCGGCUGCAUUCACACCGCGGCGUGCGGUGUGCGCUGGCAGCGUGCGAGGAGGGCUGGCGCCGGGGGACGCUUUUAGGGCAGCGGGCGCUUUAAGGGUAGCGGCCGCCCCGCGCGGCAGCGGCGGCGAGGGGGGCGUGUAGAGGGUGACGUCACCGCAUGACUGUGUUUUUAUGAAUGAAAAGAAUCCGCGGGUGAGUAAUCGCGGGGAGCGAGGCUGGAGGCGCCGCCCGACGCCCUGACCCGGCAGCGGCCCCGCGGGACGAGCGCAGCCGCCAGCAGGGCUGGACUGAGGAAAGAAUGGCUGCAGACGGGCUCUCCAGCAAGGCUUUGAAGCAGGUGAAGCGGGAGCUGGGGGAGAACACUCCACUGCUGUCAGAUGAGGAGCUGAUGGGGCUGUCAGUGCGGGAACUCAACCACCACCUGCGGGGCCUCUCCAAGGAGGAGGUGGCGAGGCUGAAGCAGCGUCGUCGGACGCUGAAGAACCGGGGUUAUGCUGCCAGCUGCCGGGUGAAGCGCGUCUGCCAGAAGGAAGAGCUGCAGAAGCAGAAGAUGGAGCUGGAGUGGGAGGUGGACAAGCUGGCCCGGGAGAACGCUGCCAUGCGCCUGGAGCUCGACACCCUCCGUGGCAAGUACGAGGCCCUGCAGGGCUUUGCCCGCACUGUGGCCACUCACGGGCCCCCCGCCAAGGUGGCUACUGCCAGUGUCAUCACCAUCGUCAAGUCCGGCACCAACCAGGCCGCCUACUCCUAGUGCUGGCCUCUGUCCCCCGGCUGGACACAGUCCUUCCCGGGGUGCCUUCCCCAUGAAUUGCCUCCCAGCCCUUCCCCAACCUCCUCCCUAUCAAAACCUAUGCCCAAAAUCCUCUUUCUCCCAUCCCUUGCCCUCCAGCUCCCCCAGGUAGGGAGGGCUGCUGCUAUGUGGGUGCUGAGGUGGAGGACAGGACCUGACUGGUGGCCCCCUUAGCCCCCUUCCCUCUUGAGUGUGCAAACAGGAGAGAGCAAACACACACAGGCAGCAGUGGGGAAGCAUCCCACAGCUCCAAGCUGGUAGGAAAAUGCCCGGUGCCUCUUUUUCCUAAGAGGGCAUGGGAGAGCUAAAUGUGGGCCAGGCGGUCCCAGGAGCAUGUGCGAGAGACGGAAAAGAGGGGAGAGAGGUUUUGCAGUGUAGGGGAAGAGGGCAUGAUAGAAGGGUAUCAAUAUUGGGCAGACAACCUGAACCACAGCUGGAGCAGUGGGGGAGGUGGCAGCAUGUCUGAAAUCUCUGUGGAUGCAGAUGGCAAGGGAAGGUUAGCAGGUUAGAGGGGGAGAUACAGUGGGCUGCAUGUUAAUGCCUGGUAAGGGUGAAUGGAAUGGGAAAGCACUGUGGCAGCUUGUGGUGCUGGGGGACCCCAGAAGUGACAGUGAUUGGGCAGGGGGGAGCUGGGAGGUGUGAGUGGGUCAGCCCAGGCCGUUGUCCCCAAAGGGGAGAAGCAGUGGUGCUGUUUUAUCUAUCUCUACCAUGCACAUCCUUCACGCCUCUUCCUGCUGACGGGACUCAGCCUGGCUGGGUGUCUGAAAUGCAGCAGCACUGGCAGGAAGGAAGCAGAGGCAGCUGGAGCAGAGAUAAACAUUGUUUCACUCAGCACAGGCCAGCUUCUAUGGCCACACCGAGUCCUGCCCAGUGUCCCACUGCCUACGAAGCCCAUAGAAAGGUGUUUCUGGUCCUCAGAGUCAGAGAUGUGGAGGCAGAGGGGUGGAGGUGCAAGAGGUGGGAAGUAAGGGCAGAGAGCAUCCCCGCUCCUGGGAGCUGCCUGGCAGGCAGGUAGGCUCCUCCCUUUGGUUUUCCUCCAGCUUGGACACUGCUGUGGGACAGCUGGCUCUUGAGCAGGCUGGAGAAGAGCUGGAUUCACUAAAUACAGGCAGCACAGGGGAGGGAGCAGGAGGCAGGUCCAUCUUGGGAUCUGCUGCUGUAGAUGAUUCCCCUGUCCCUCCGUUCUGCCCCUGCCUGGGUAUUGCCACGCCAGCCGCCCUCGGCUGCAGCCUCCGUUCUUCCCUGUAGAGAGGUGCCUGCCACUCCUGGCUGGGGCACUGUGGUUGGCAUCCCCCACCCCAACUCCUCUUGGGUUUAUUUAUUGCACGAACAUAAGUUAUUUUCACGUCCUCUUUGCCAUUCCGCCUCUCGGCACAGCCAGGAUGUUGGUACAGAGCCGUACUUUAUAUUUUAUAUAUGCAAAUCACAUUUUAUCUUAUACUUAUAUAGAGCAAAAAAAAAAACUUAUUUAUUUUCUGACUUACAGUAUGUGUCCUACCCGACUCCUCUGUAUUUUGUAGACUUUACAAAUAAAGCAAGUUCUUUUUUUUUUUUCCACAGUGAGAGUGUGUUUGGUCAUUCUUGAACUUGGGACAGAACUGUGCCUAAGACUAGGUUUUCUGUCCUUCUGGUUUUGCUGCAGGCCAUGCUCAAGAAUGUACCCAAAAAAGAUGGGAUGGGGGAUAGCUCAUUGCUUUUUAGGACAAAACCAGAUUUACAGUCUCUGAGAGAAAAGGUCUAAAAAAGUACACUUAGUGCUGAAUACCACCCCACAAAGCAGUUGCCUUCAGUAGCAGUGCAGCUGUGCUGAAUCAGCUUUUCCUGGGAAAGAUAAUGCUUUUCACUACAAAAAUUAUCUCCAGGCUGUCCUUGGACCAGGUGCAGGAGAGGCAGGUGCAGGGCAUCUAUGCCCAAAAACUCCCCUGUUGAGUGACCUUAUCAGCUUACCUGGGAACAGCAAGGACAAAAGCAGUGAGCUUCUGCCCAUGGAUGGCAGGAGAAGGGGAAGAAGUGUGGAAGGCACCUUAUCAGGAGAUGAAGCCAGACCUCCUCCCUGUCUGGAAAAGUCACCCUUCCUCAGAGCUGAGCUGGAAGUGGUGAGCAUGUUCCAAAUGCCCAGGUGGGCCAGGUCCCCAGCAGGCUGCAGCACUCAGGAUGGUUUGGGGGUCUUAUAAUUCCCAUUCCCUCUGUCACUGCAAAUGGCCCCAGCCCCAAACACUGCUCAUGGAAGAAAAUCCAAAAGCCAUUGUUUGCUGGGGUCCUCUCUUUCCCCCUUGGUGUUUCACCGUGAGCACCUAAGGAAGGAUUCAUCUCUACUCCAGGUUUUUGACACAUGGGUUUUACUCCUGCCUUGGGCCAGCAGUGGUGUUUCAGUCCAGGGUGCUGCAGAGAUGCUUCGCCAUCAGCUCCUACAUAGACACAUGGAGCUUUCCUUCUGAGAAGAGGACAAGAGAUCCUGACCCACCAAGCCUCAGUCCCUGCAAGGAGGAAAAACUCAGAGAAGUCACCCAGACAGCACCACACAGAGGCAGCUUAAGUACAAUCUAUAUUAUCUCUAUAUUUUUUAUUUGUCAUCAUAUUUGCUCAUUUCUGCGGAGUAUAACGUCACAAAGACCAAAAUAGAGAGCGGCUUGUCGCUGAGCUCACAUCAGUUAAACACAAUAGGUACAAAACUAGGUGACUCUGUCUUAUUUAUCAUACUUUUUUUCAGUCAUUUAUAUACAAAGAACUACUCUAUAUGGAAAAAUAAUAAACAAAUCCCAUGGGUAUGUUACAUGGUAAACAAAAAAGGAAGGAAGGAAGGAGAGCGGACGCAGGUGAGAGAGAGCAGCUCCAAGGGUCUGCUCCUGGAACCAGCACAUUUCUUGGGUCCUGGGCUACCAUGAGCAGACCUACAAGACCAUGGAUGCCUUGGCCUUCUUGGUCUCAAGCUCUGGAUCUCGUAUUUGUUCCUCCAACACAAAGCAGCUUCAGAACCAGAGCUUGCUCUGGCCCUUGCCAGUCAUGACGGAGAGCAGGAAGCUCAGUGAUGGAUGAUUUUGUGUGAUGUUAAAAAACAUAUAUAUAUAUAUAUAUAUAUAUAUAAAAAAAAUUAUAAAGUAGGGCAGCUGGCUUGUUGGGUACUAGCUCACCAAGCUCCUCCAAAGGCAGCUGGUGCAAAAGAGUUAUACUUGAAACCAUUGCACACAGGAUGCUUUGAGAAUAUCCAGAUCCUCUGCACAGUGCAUGUAUAUAUAUAUAUAUGUAUGUAUGUAUGUAUAUAUAUAUAUAUGUAUGCAGGAGACAUUUCAAAAUAAGUUCUAAGAAAUGCUUCUCUAAGCCUGGACCACCUUCAUGCUCAAUGGGGCAAUCACACAGAUUUCAGCCACCAAAAUGCAACAAAGAUUGGGGGCAGUCACCAAGUGAUAUUGAUCAUCAAGGCCUGCAAAUGCAAAGAAAGGGGAGGAUGGGAUCUUGUCCCACGCCUCACUUUCCUAAGAGAGAAAGUAACAUCAGUAUCUUGCAUUAAAGGACUAUUAAUCAAAGCCACAGAAAACAGAAGCAAAGUCUGUUCAACCUUCAGCCCUGCUUUCCAGACAGCUUAUGCAUGAGAUCUUACACCAAGCCCACACAAAACCUGGCAGAGUGUGUUUGCAUGCAUUAAGCAGUCACAGGCUUAGGAAAAUUAAUAACCAACAGCAUGGCAUUGCAGGAUGUGUGUGAAUGGGGAAAUCCAGCAGCAGAGAAGCUGCUGGAUCCACUGACCCUGCCUCCAGCUUUCUCAACAGUAUUGUUGCACCCAUCUGCUUCACCAUCUCCCAGAAACAUCCCAGUACAGGAGGAGGCACUAUCCUUAAGCUUUUCCCUAUCAUCCUCACAGCAGGGAGCAAACCUGCCUCUCUUCAAGCCCUUCUGCCCAGCUUGGGCAGAGGUGCUGAAUAAAUUAGGUGCUCUUCACUCACUGUCGCUUCCGAGACACUCAAUGAACAAGCAGAUGGAUUAGGAAACAAACAGAAAGGUUAAUUCCAGGCAGCAAACCAGACUCCAGUUCUCCUAUCAGAACAGCAAGGAGCAAUCCAGAAUCACAAAGGUCUGCUCUUGGCAGGGAAGGCGUCAAGCAGGAAAGAAAUGGAGAAACUACAGCUGAGCACAGCAGCUUGCUCCAAUCUCUCAAUUUUGCUUCCUGCUUGCAGGUAGGAACAUCUGAGCUGUAGCACUUGAGUGUGCUACCCACUUUUCCCCUAGAUAAAUUUAAGCAAGCAAGAGAAAUUUCCUGAUCCCUGGAUAGAUCUACAGAGGGAUCACUUUCAUUUUGGCUCCACUAAGCACCCAUGGGUUCAUCCAAAACCCAACAGAAGCACGGGGAAGCUUCUCCCACUUCUGUGGAUGCUGGUUCCACUCUUGAUAGCACUGCAGGUGCAGCAGAGCCUGUGAAAUGUGCAGCAGCAGCACCAAUUGCUGCCUGAGAAAAUAAGAGACAAAUUUGACCAGCCAGGUCAUGUCAGGUUUCAAGUCUGCUCCACCUUCCUCAGAACAGCUACAGAGAUAAAAAACAAAGGAGUGUGCAACAUUCCUUCCUGAAUAUUCCAGCCUAAGGGUGAAACUUGUAUAGCUCAGAGAAAGUCGGUGAGGAUGAGCAUGGGGGAGAGCUACCUGUGAGAGACCAGGACCUGCUCUGGCAGCUGUCUCUAACAGGGGCAGAUGUGAUGCUGGGGGACAGGAAACAAGAAGAAAAACUGGUUUUGUGUUUAUAUACUUUCUCUUCCCAAAGAGGAGUGAAGGGGCCAGAGCUCUACAAACUUCCACCAUCUAUCAUAGCCAGUCCUCAGUCUUGUUAACAGGAGACAGAUGCUCCAGGGAGGCUUCCUGUCACAGGAACGCCAGGGAGAUGGGAAGCUUGGACACCUGGUGAUUAAAAAACUCCACCCUUGUGAAAAAGUAAUUCCAUCCCCACUGAGCUUCAACAAGCUUUUAUAGCAAUUGAGGAUGCAGGGAGCCAAGGAACAUGAAGAAAGCCCUGUCCUUUUCCCCUUUGCUCCCUCAAGUGACUCAAGGACUCAUAACCAGGUGCUCAGGAGGGUGGGGACAGAUAUUCCUUAUUUAGCACUCAAGGCAAUGGCUAUAUAGAAAGACCAGUCUCUGGUCUGGUCCUCAGGAAUGCUUAUGGCUGCAUCCCCAUCCUAUUUCCCAAGGAUCACAGAGAUGUUAGUGCCAGGGAGUUGAGGAGAAAACUGUGCCUACGUCAACCAUUCAGGAAAAGAAAUAGAAAGCAGUCAGGUUGUCCUGUUAGAAAAAAAACCCAAAAACAUUUUUGGCUAUAACUCUAGGCUCUGGCCAGUCACACUCCACACCAAGCUGAGCAGGUGUUGGAAACCAGAGCCCCAAACUCUGGAGCUUUGCUUGAAUCAAUUAAAUUUGAUUGCUGCUGUAAGGGAUGGGCUCGAGCAUGGAGUCCUGGCCAUUCUGCCACCUCCACAUUGCUCAUCGUGUCCAUACCCACAAAAGCUAAUGGGAAGCGCCCACUUCUGCAAUCUUUACUCUCUAGGAAGUGAUAUGACUUGUGUGUUUCUGCAUUAAUAAAUUAUUAAAAAUAAAAUUAAAAAAAAAA